UUUUUUUUCAAGCACACUGCGUAACGUAACCAACUGAUAAAUAAUUUGUUUCGUGCCUGUUAGAAGAGAUGUCGUCUCUUAACUUUUACAAAAACUGUCAAAGCGAAGAAUUUCUAUGGCUCAAAAAAGAGUCUAUGGCAAAUGCUGACCAAGGUUGCAAGAAGAAUAGACAUGAAAAGUUUUACAGCGUCGAAGCGUCCAGCAAAAACCUUCCAAAGAAAUAUAGCACUGAUGAAGAUCUAAUUUCACAGAUACGAGAGAUGGCCAAACUUACAGUACGGUUACAGACAAAUAUAGACCCACAGUCUAUCCGUUUCGGAACCGGACUUAUUCAAAGAGUCAGGAAGGAACGAGGGAAGCAUGGGAAGAGUUGCCCAGAUAAAACAUGUACAAAAGGCGAGGGCCACGUGUACUACGUCAUCACGGUCACGACAGUGUAUCACGUGGUGUCUUCUCAAAACGAGGCAGAGAAAACGGAAGUGCUUCCGUUUUUUGAUCAGGAGGGUCUGAAAGAUGAUAGCAAGGCUUUUUCGGUCUAUAAACUCCUGGAAACGGACAAGGAGACUGAUAACUUCGACUGGUGUGCCAUUGAGUGUGUCACCCACAGCGAAGAACUGGUGAAAGAUUUUUCGGACGCUAUAGAAAACUUGGAGAGACUUCAAAAAGCUACCUACUCAAAAUACAAUUGCGACACUGAAAAGUUCGUGGUCAUGAUUGGGCACCCGCAUGGGGGGCCCAAGAAAGUCAGCUUCGGUACUUGGAGCCGCAAACAGACUUUGAAAGAGAUAAGAAGCACCCAAGACUGGUGCCAGUACAGACACGACACGCCCUCGUGUCCUGGCAGCAGCGGUUCCCCUGUUUUAAUUCUAGGGCAGCCAUUGUGUGGAUACGGAUACUGGUUUGGUCAUCCGCAUAAUCAUAGUGCUUGGGACAAAGAAGAACACGAAACAGUGACCUCCAUCGGAGCCAACAGCAUGGCGCCAAGUACAUGAAAUCCAUCGCUGAUACAGACUAAUGUUGCAAUAGUGGUUUAGAGGCUUGUAAUGCACAGUAUUUACAAAUCCCAUUACAUAAAGUACCAGGUGACCGAGCCUCGCUCGGUUGAAUAAUUUCAUAAGGAAGUCAUUUUGGAAAUAUUUUUGUAACUACGAAAAUGAACGAUCGAGUAAAAGAUACUUAUCUAAAGAGUUGAUUUAGUGUUCUGUUAGAUCUAAAUGUAACUGUACAUGGCGAUUAGAAUAUAAAGUCUCUUAGGUCCCCCAACUGUCUAGAAAAAACACAGCACACGUCGUGACGUUUUACAACUUUUGCGUAAAACUAUUGGGCUUUGCAGUGUAACUUUUCAAAUGGUUACGUUCAAACAUUUAAUAUGACAUUUAGUAUAUUCAUUAUGGUCUCAGCACGAAACAUCAAGGGACGCAAAAUCUCUGAGUUCUAGGGUAAAACAUUCAAUUAGUAACAUAGUAAAAAGCCGCAUUUUUUCCUAAGAGACUUAAAAGAGCGUUAGUAUUCUAAAGAAGCGUUUCCAUGGGGCAUCUCUGUUACGCCAACGAUUGCCUUUGGUAUAUGUUCUUUUACUACUUGCCCUGGUCAGACGCUUAUCAACCUCCCUUAAAAGCAAUCCGUCAUUUGAUACUAUGUUUCCCAGAUGUAUGAAGUUAUCUACCAUGUUAAGGGGGUGCCUGUUCACGGUGAUCUUAGGGGCUGAGUAGAUGGGGCUGGGUGACUUCUGGAACAUGAGUUCCGAUUUUCCGAGGUUCAUAAUUAAACUAAAAGAGGCGGCAGCGUACUUAAAUUCGUUGACUGAGAGCUGGAGAUGAUGAUACUUGUGAGCAAGAAAGGCGUAGAGAAGCUGUGUUAUGACCAUUGCCAUUGUUUUGGUAUGGGACAGUAGACUUUGAGUACAUUCUAAUACAUGUAAUUAACCAGUAGUUAUAAAAUAUUACCCUGCAUAGUAGGACUGUGUUAAUUAUUCUAAUCUACCUAAACUGGGAAUAGUUAGUCAUUUGGAAAUGUUUAUAAAAUGUUUUACAUGUUUCGGAUGUUCCUUCAGAAUUGACGAUAAUUACUUCCUAGUCCAAACCUCCCACAGGACGACGGGGGAUGGGAGCGGGCAGGGUUUGAACCCUCGACCAUCGAUAAAUCUGAACGACAGUCCAGCGCGCUAACCGCACGACCAGGCAGAUUUAUAGAUGACUUCUAUUAGUUGACCAAGUCAAAAUAAUUUUAGCCUUUUUGGAAGAAAAAAAUGUGACGAUGAUGAUUGGAUAUUGUGUUUUAAGUGCUCUAUAAAUUGUUUACACUUUAAUUGCGUAGAGCCGUGUAUAGCUGUUAAUUUGUUGACAAGGCUAAUAGAACCUACAAUAAGAUGGUGCGCAAAUGUUUAAUUAGGUCUAUUGAUUCAUUAAAACUUGUUCAUGAUUGUAAAGAAAUGUUUUAGUGUACUGCUGUAAGCCUAGUGACCUAAUCGGUGCACAUUUUUUUUUUCCUUUGACGUCAUCUGGAAAAUUUUCAUUCUUGAAACUUUCUAGCCAAAAUAAAAUGUUCGUUAAUGAAACACUUUCAAACCAAUAUAACAGUCGAUCUGGACUUUUUGAGAUGCGGCCAAUAAGUUGAGAAUAUAUACACAUACAGACAUAUAUACAUACCUAUAUACAUGCAUACAAACAUACAUAUACAUACAUACAUACAUACAUACAUACAUACAUACAUACAUACAUACAUACAUACAUACAUAAAUGCAUAAAUACAUACAUACAUACAUACAUACAUACAUACAUACAUACAUACGUACAUACAUACAUACAUACAUACAUACAAGAAAUCUAAGAGUAUAGAAUAAGAUAUAUAUAUUCUGCCUAGUUUUCCUAUACCUAAGGCCGGCCCUGAUCGGAAGCUUGUUAGGGUGUGUUUGUAAGGAGGGGGAAGGGGUGCGGACUGGGGCCACAGGUAUCGAGAAGUCGGGGGCCAAAAUACUUCUGGGUGGCGGCGGAUCUGAUCUGUCACAAUGUCAUGAAAAAGAACAAACAUUCGUUAUUGGAUGAGACGUUGUGCCCUUAUAUUUCAUAUUGUGAAUAAGAGCAAUUCAAUUUAACUUAUAGUCUACUUUCUUAUAGUAGUCACAGAGACUGUGAUACUAAAGAAAUGGACAUAUCUAUCAGCAUUUUCAAUCAUGUAUUUACAUAAUUAACAUUUGUACCUCUAAAUCCGAAAUACUUCCAUCCUUUUUUUUUUUGAAUGUCUAGCAACUUCGCGAGGCCAUAUUUGUAUCGGGUGAUUGUUUUCAGUAAGCAACAUGAUUUCAUUGUUUUAUAAAUAGAUCUUAACAAAAGCAUUGGUUGGUGGAUUACUGGUAACCUGACUUCGCUAAUGCAACAUUUAUUGAAAUACUUUUAACUGUGUGACACGGACUAGAUGUGCAUAUGUAUCACAUUCACAUAUAUCUUCUGUUUGUAUCACUCAUGUAACUGCGUGGUUUGCUGGUCACAAAGUACUCUUGUAUAAACUUGUAUAUGUACUACUAUAGCCUUAUGUACAUUGACUGUAUUGUAUGGAUGCCAUUUCAGCUGUCCAGCUCUUUCUUGGUAGUGGUUUGGUCGUGCGACCAUAUUUAUGAUGUAUCGUUGUCUAAAUAUAUAAGAGAUCUUUAGAUGUGAAUUUCCUUGACCUCUUAAAAAUAAGAUGUGUUUCUUUACUCUCAAAUUUACGAAUUGUAUUUCUUUUAAAUCCAAUAUAUAUAUAUGACUCCCUUCUUUGUCGAAAACGUCAAUCCUUAUUAUUAUUUCUUGGUGUUCUGGUCCAUAUUGCAGUCCUGGAAUCCUGGACAUUAGCGUGU